UGUGGGUGAAAAUAGAGAAGUCUGCACAUUACAUAUUUUUGGUCAGAUUUUCGACCACUGGACGACCUCUAGUACUUGUUGAUCUGAACGAGAUCACUUGUUUUGGGAUUUUCUCGGGAAUUGGAUUCCUCAACCAUUAGCGCUUUCGCGCCAUAGCGAGUAACAGAUGCAGAUGAGUUGUUGCAAAAUGAAGUGAGUGGAAAAAUGGCAAAAUAAUGGAAACUGAAUCAUUAGAGAGCUUGCUACCUCAAGAACCAGUUCUUCAGAUAACAAAUAGCUGUAGAGAUCACUGUUUUAACUACCAGUUCAAGUUCAACGAAAGAAGAAUAAAAAAUGUAAUUGCUUUAGCAUUUUUAACAGUUGUUUUUGUGACUAUCUACCACAGAGAAAUACUAAUAACCAAGUUAUAUCCAGAAGAAGACAUCCCUUUCAUCAUCCCUGAGCAGCAGACAAAUUCGGAACUAAGGGUAAAUAAAACUGACUUGAGAUCUGUAACUAAUAAAACCAUGUUUGUGGAUGUGAAAGACAUUAAACAAAGUGUACGUAAUAUAUUUUUUACUGAAACCACCUGUGGUGCAGAGGCUUUAAAAAAAAGCUUUAGUGAUACUAGAAAACUAAUACUUAAGCCGAGACAGGUUUGCGCUAUAGAAUCUACGGCUUUGACCAAUCCUGAACAUUACAUUUACAUUCUUUACACAUGUCCUCUGGAUGGCUUAAUAUACUUUCCAGAUUACGCCAAAUCAAUAGUUACCCUUCCAAAUAUUUUCAUAGUUCAGCUAAAUUUGACUGAAUUUUUCAACAACACUCCAGUUCAAGAUCUAUACAAGAGCAGAACAAUGGAAACCUCCAGUCAUCCCAAGGAACAUUUUAGUGACUUAUUAAGGUAUAUUGUGCUUUGGAAAUUUGGUGGCACCUACCUGGAUUUGGAUGUUGUUACGAUCAAAUCAUUACUAGAUCUGGGGAGCAACUUUGCUGGAGUUGAAGACUGGUCAGUCAUCAACUCAGCAGUUUUGAAUGUCGAUUCAAUGGGAAAUGGCCACGAGUUAGUUCAGAAAGCACUGCAAUAUGUGAAUAAACAUUUUGAUGGAAAUGGCUGGAUCUCAAAUGGCCCAGAAGUCUUAACAAAAAUGAUCUUGAAAGAGUGCAACAAGGAAAAAAUAGACGAGGAGCUUUUGAAGUGUGACAAGUUCCAUUUAUUUCCGUCCACGUACUUCUAUCACAUACACUGGACCCGAGAGGAAGACUUUUUUAACUCUACAUUAGGUCCAGAUAUAGUGGAGGAUCUGAAAAAUCACUCCUAUGUCGUACAUAUGUGGAACAAAAUCAGUAAUAGUCACGUUGUAAAAAUAGGUUCAAACCAAGCUUAUGGACUGUUAGCGGAGGAGUUUUGUCCAAACGUAAUUGAAAACUCUGGAGGGGAGUUUUAAGACAACAUUGUAAAUGCAAAUAAAACACCACCCCAUUACAGCAAACUGCAUACCAUUUAAUAAUCCAUUGAAUAAUUAUUACUGAUAGUUAUUAUAUGUAUUGAAUUGUUUAUCUGUCAAGCUUAAUGAAAUAGGUACAAAAUAUUUUUGGAAAAGUUUCGAUUUCUGGGAAAUAAACUCAACAAUUUUUUUGAGGUACAACAUCUAUCUCAUUAUGAAGACUACAGUAGUUAAUUCACUAGACUACAUGGUAAUCUCACUAAUAAUAGACUAAUGCAAAUCAGAUAUUCGUGUGUAUUAUACCUCAUCAGUACCCACAGCAGCUAGAAAGCAAAAUGCAGAUUGAAAACUUC